UUGAAGAGCAUUGCUCAUGCUCAUGCGAAAGGUCUGUCGACGGAAAUUCGUCUCUGAUUGGCUAAUUUUGUAUACAGUCAAAGAACUGAGUUUCUAGCACGUGCACGCACGUAGUUAGUACGUAGUAUACAGUUUUUCUCACUCAUUGAAUAGUUUUUGUAACGAGAAUCCCGGAUUUAGGUUAGGGGUAAUUUACGAAAAUCGAACAAUGGAAGUUCGUAUGUCGGCUCUAUUAAAAUUUCUUUGAUCUCACAUUCCAAGCAACAUUUGAUUUCGCUGUUGCAAAAUUACAAACAUACCGGGGCCGUGUGAUAUACGGCAUUCUUUUGCAUAGCAUACACAUUCACGAUCAGUCAACAGACCGCGUAAAAAGAUGGCGAGCACGGGAUACUCUGCCUUUUCGCCUGACGGCCAAUAUUGGGCAAACUGCGGUAAUGACGGGAAAUUAAAGAUUUGGGAAACAGCGACGAAUCGUCUAAAACAAGAAUACGUUCCUAAGUCACACUUGGCAUCGCCAUGCAGUGUAUUAGGAUGGAUGAGCGUAAAUCAGCAAACUACUACAACCGCGCAUCCACCAGGAAAGAAGAGAAAAAAACGAUCAAUAGUAGAUGAUUCAACAUGCAAGCACAUAGUGGCAAUGGGUUCAGUCAAUGGAAGCAUUACUUUGUGGGAUGUUACUACCGGAGAAGUUUGCAAGCUAUUGGAAAAUGGUCAUACCGCAACAGUGACAGCUUUGACAUGGUCUUCGUUUAGGGGCCUCUUCAGUGCAGCCGAAGAUCGUCAAAUAGUCGAAUGGAAUGUGCAGGAGAGUGGAAUCAAAUGCAAAUGGAAAUCUGGCAAAAGCAAAGUCACUGCCUUGGCCGUUAGCGAUGAUGGGAAAUUCCUGUUGUCUGCAGAUAGAACUAUCAAAUGGUGGGACUUGUCUAGUAAAUGUCUGAUAGCCAGUUUUACUGGACAUGCCAAUCAAGUCACAUUUUUGAGGACUGUCAGAUUUGACAAUGAGGACAGUUAUGUCAUUAGUGGUGCUACUGGAGAAGGGUACCUCAGUAUUUGGGCGCUCAAUGAGGAUACAAAAGAUCGAGAUGCUGUAGGAACUUUGACGAUGCAGGACGAUGCCAUUUCAGUCUCGGCUAAAAUCUUGGAGGACUCUCAAAUAGUAGUUCUUGCUGCCAAUCGUUCCGGUCAGGCUCACUUGUUCAAGUAUCAACCGAAUUGCCGAACCGGAAAACCUGUGAAGCCACAAUUAAACAUUGUAAUUGCUUUGGACUCUGAGCAAAAAGGAGCUGUUCAACAAAUUCCCAUUCAAGCAGCUGAAUUAACCAAUGAAGGAAAAUUACUUCUCGCCUAUGGCACAAUGCUCAAUCUUACUUUUGAAAAAGUAACACCUGACUAUUCUGACAAAGUACAACUUUUGGUGCGAGCCGAUCUCAAGAGGUCUAAAGAACGCAAAGAAGAAACUUUGACCAAAGUCAAAGUCGCUGAAACUGAUGGAAACGUUGAAUAUCACGCACCAGGUUCUGCAACUGUGACGAUUAAGAGGAAUCGAGGAGGAGCGGCUGGCUCGCAAUUACCAUUAAAAGAAAGAUUGGAAAACUUGAGCCUAAAUACGGAGAUGAGUGCAACGCCGACGAAGGGUGGAAAUAUGGCGCAAUUACUGAUGCAAGGGUUGAACAGCAAAGACAAAACUAUUUUGAUGAACGUUUUGAUGACGAAGGAUGAGACGGUGGUAAAAAAUACAAUUGGAAAACUUCCUGUACAAGCGAUACCUCCGCUUCUCAAAGAGCUCACUGUGAUGCUACAGGGGAAAACUUAUCCGAGCAAAAUUGCUGUGAAGUGGCUCCAAAUUUUGGUAACGAGCCACGCCGCCCAUCUGCUCUCGCAUCCUGACAUCGGCGACUCUUUUGGUCCAAUAUUAAGCCUUAUCGACGCAAAGUUAACUAUUUUAUCGGAGCUCUCGAGGUUACGAGGGCGCGUCUCUCUUGUCACUGGACAGAUAUCACAAUCUCACGAAAAAGACGACAAAGACAUCACCGAACAAAGUCUGCUUGUUUAUCAGGAUCCAGAUUCGUCAGACGACGGUUCGGACGUUGGUGAGGUUGCGUUAGAGAGCGAAUCGGAUGAAAAUUGGGAAGAAAUAUCAGAGCAAGACGGCGAUCAAGAGGAGCUUGAGAACGGAAGAUCAGACGACGACGACGACGACGACGAUGCUUCCAUAUGCAGUUGAAAUAUUUGUAAAGACUAAACGUUCAAAUUUUUUAUAUGAUCGUGGAUGAGGAUCACUGUGAAUUCUUAUUCUAGAGAUUUUUAACAAUCGUUGUAAAAUAAGAUUACGAGCCUUCAUUUCGUCGGUGUUUUUUUUUUUGCUACAACGAGAAAUAAGGUCUGACACAGUGACGACCUCCUCCAGAAAAAUCAACUUUUUUUUUGUAUACUGUAAAAAAGAAACAUAUUUUUUUGCAUAUACUUUUUGUAACGACACAAUUAACGCCGGAAACGUCCGAUUUGAAUUAUCCUCAAACUCGCACCCUCGAAUCGAAUAAUUGUUGGCGUUUUUUUUUUCUUCUUUCAAUCAAAUCGUGUAAAAGUGUACAUAUCGCAUAGUUAUUUUUCUGUCGCUUCCGAGACAUCUGUGUAUCCUGACAUUUUAAUGAUUUAUGAAUAGAAAAAUCGCAAAAGAGAA